CGCUAAAAGCUCGACGGUGAUGGCCAUGGACGGUGAGCUGCUCGAGCCCAAACCGUGGGCGCCGUCCACGGGCUCCUCCGAGCAGGAGGCCGAUGUGGAGACUGCUUCCGGUGACCACGGCAAGGAGCCCGCUGCGCAGCAGGAUCUGACGCGCAUCCUGCCGGAGGACAUGCUAGCAGACGUCUUGCGCCAUCUCGCGCCGCGCUGGCUCGCGGCAUCCCGCUGCGUCUGCAGGGACUGGCGCGCCACCGUCGACGCCCGCCGCCUCCUGCGCGCGGACCUGCUCCCGCUCUCGUUCCAUGGCAUCUUCCUCCACUUUGACGCGCACACGUUCCCGGAGUUAUUCGCCCGUCCCUCCUCCUCCUCCACGGGCGGCCUCGCCAUCAGCGGCGGGCUCGACUUCCUUCCGGACGCCAACACGUCCAUCAAGAUUCCCCAGCACGGCUACCGUAAGGGUUGCCGAUAUGGCAUCGUGGAUCACUGCAAUGGCCUCCUCUUGCUCGGUAAUAGAUACGUGGUUAACCCUGCUACACGACGCUGCCAUCAUCUGCCCCUGUGCCCGCCGGCGCCCAAGCUUCCCUUGCAGAUGGUUGGCCACGUCAGACAGAUUACGUUCAAUAGGUACCUGGUCUUUGAUCCGAUGGUGUCACCACACUACGAGGUGUUCGUGAUUCCCCGUACGUUUUUCGUCGGUCAUGGGAAAGAAAUGGAGUAUUUUGACCCCUUAGUGAAGGAAUCUAGGUGGACGUCAGGUUCGUCAUCUUCAUGGAUCUUCCGUGUCUUCUCUUCAAAGACAGGUCAAUGGGAGGAGAAGUCCUUUGUUCGAGAAGAGGGUGCUCCAAGGACCAACAUAACAUACUCGCCGGUGGAAUGGCGAGAACGCGCGGUCUACUGGCGAGGAGCACUUUACCUGCAACGCCAGGCUAAUUUCGUUUUAAGAAUGUCCCUGUCCAACAACAAGUACUGCCUAAUUGAGCCACCCAUGGGCAUGGGAUUGAGCGUACAUCCAAAUCGUUAUCUAGAAAGGUCAGAACAAGGGGUGUACUUUGCAGCUGUUGAUAAGUAUCGUCUUCGGGUUUGGGUCCUUAGCGAAUCAUCUGGCCAAAUCGAGUGGGUAUUCAAGCAUGACAAUGACCUUGAGCACGCUGUAUCACAUCACCGCGGACAAUUCCAUGGACCUUGGGUGUUAAAAGAUGUUAACUACAACUCAUUUUGCUCCCAUCUUCCAGGAUACAAAAAGAAAGGUACAGUUGGAGAUAACUUUGAAUGGAACUCCGAUAGCGAUGACGAUGAAGUAAAGACUGAAGGGUGUUACCUAGCGGAGAACAAGAAAGGAAAAAAUACAUGGAAACUCAUUGAUACUAACCCUGUCGAAGAUUUUCAAAUGGAAGAUGAAGUGUCUUAUGUUUACAAUCCUGAUAUUAUAAUACUCGGAUUUCACCCAUAUAGAGAGAUCGUCUUCCUGACUAGUGGAUCCAGGGAGAAGGAAGUGGCCUAUCAUUUGAGUACCUCCAAGGUUGAAGGCAUAGGCAACAUAUGCCCAACAAACUAUACCCAGUUCAAUGGAUUCUCUAACCAACCGCCCAUCAUCGGAUAUUCUUUUACCUACACGCCGUGUUGGCUUGAAGAGUUGGCUAGAAACAUUUAGUUUAGAAGCUCAUCUGAAACGUUGACAAACUUGUUGGUUGGAAUGUAUGUGAGCACAUGAUUGCUUAGUCAUUUUUAGUUUAUACAUGGAUUUACAAGGAUUGGUUCCUACAUAAAAAAAAGACCACCGUGUG